CUUGUGAAUAAUGUCCUACUGCUACGUACCCACCUGCAAUCCUUAUAAAAGAGGGAGAGACAAACAUUUGACAUCACUUCCUUCAAGAGUCAAAACUUUGUCAACUUAGGUAAUGAAAAUAAGGAGGCAUGUUGGUGUAUAAAGGUCUAAAUGGUCUAGCUAACCAUGCUUGCUGAUGGUUAGCUUGUUGUGGCUAACUUUAGUUGCCAUUUUAACCUCUAUUGCUGCCGCUAGGAAAAUAUCUUGGAAAAUCCCAGCUAGCAUGUCUAUGUGGGCCCAAUAUGGGUUAAAUGCGGGCUACGUUGGUACCAGGUGGGCAUGGGCUUGAACAAGGCAAAUUGUGUGGGUCCCUCAUGUCCAUUCCAUAUAAGGUGACUGAAUGGGCCCUUUCAGGGCUUCUAGUGGGCGGACAGCCCCUUUUUAUUUGAUUUACUUAAUUGAUAUAGUAAUCAAAUUAAUAUUAUGUUUGGGUGCUAGACAACAAAUAUUCAUUCUAUUUUAUCAUGACACUUUGUAAUGUGUAAUGUAUAUGUAAGGUAUCUAACUAAUCUAAUCUAACUAAUUCAUAUGCUAGUUAAGGCCAUUUAACAUUCUGACAAACUGUGGCACAUUUACAUUUUAAUUUAUGUUAGCUCCUGAUAAAUGCAUUCAAAUUAAUACAUAUACAAAUAGGUGACCAAUUAAUAUAUCAAAUAUUCAGGACACUAAAAUAUAUAGGGAUACAGAAUAAUACAAAAUUACUGUUAUUUUAUUUAUUUACAAUGAGAACACAAAAUCUGAUUAAACUAUUAAAAUUAAAUUUAAUUAAAUAUGUUUCAGUCACAAGUUUAAGUUUAUGUAUUGUGUUUCUGCAUGUCCAUGUUUAUGUUUUGAAUCUAUGUGGUGUCAUUUCUCAGCUUUCCCUGUGAAUAUGUGAAAAAGUGUGUCAUGUUGUUUCAUGACAAAAUAAAACCAAACCAAUGAAAAUAUGAAUCCCUUCAGGACUGCCAGUGGAUGUCUGAAUCUAAAAUUACAGUUUAAUGCAUCAAUACUCUGUUUGUCAAAAUAAACUAUGAAUAUAAGACUUGAGCACACAUCACUGGAUUUAUAUUGUUGAACCAUACUAGUGUUUCCACAUAUUGCAUUGACACCCCACAGCAACACACCUAAUCUAUGAAUUUUUCAUAAUUGUAUAACACUAAAAACUUUUAUUGCAGAAUGUAUCUCAGAGUAGCUGAUUCAAAACUUUAUUUAUAUUUGAAUUGAAGGUAAUGAUGUGUGGCCUUUAGAACUCAUGUUAACUGAGUUACAUCAUCAAUCAUCAAUCAUCAUUCCAUCAAAGGAAUUCGGUGAUGAUGUUGCGCAUAAAUUAGAAUUCUGUGAGUUCUACUCAUUUUAGUUUGAGUGGUUGAAAGGACACCAACACUCGAAUUAUCAAGUAAGCGAUCGUAAGAAGAGGACUGUAAAUCGACUACUGUGAUACAGCUUUCUGAGAAAAAAAAUGGCAGAAAGAAUAUUGACGACAAUCUCAUCCAUUACCCGUAAUAAGGACCCCUUCGAACUCCCCGGAAAAUAUAAGUUCCUGAGGGUUCUGGGACAAGGCGGCUUUGGACUGGUGCUGAAAUGUCUUAAGAAAGACACGAAAGACAUUGUGGCUGUUAAGCUCCCCAAACACGACCACAACGAUUCUGACAUCAGGGAGUUUUCUAUGCUGCAGAACCUGAUGCACCACAACUUGGACAAAUGCAACAUUGUCAAGUUUUAUGAUUGGUUUGAGGUGAGAAAUGGAAAGGCGCUGGUCUUCGAGUCGUUGGACAUCAGCCUAGACGAGUACAUUCACUAUAAUCACCCAUUAUGUCUGAGUAAAAUCAGACUCAUCACCCAACAGUUGGCCACAGCAUUCGAUGCACUCAAGAGAAUCAGAGUGAUCCAUACCGAUGUCAAACCAGACAAUAUUAUGGUGGUGAAUCGCUGGACCAAUCCCAUCAGAGUCAAGCUGAUAGACUUCGGCUUGGCCAUCCCUGCAACUCAAACCAGGACGGGCAUGAGAUUGCAGACAGUUUUCUUCAGGGCUCCGGAAAUCAUUUUGGGCCUUCCGUUUUCGGAGGCCAUCGAUAUGUGGUCCCUGGGAGGUGUGCUGGCUGCCAUGAUCCUGGGCUAUAUACUGUUUCCUGGAAAAGAUGAAUAUGAAGCACUGCGAUUCAUGACUCAACUCCUGGGUCAGCCGGCGGACGAUCUUCUGAGGAAGGGAAGGAAAACAGACUUUUUUUUCAAUAAGACUGACACCAACAGCUGGAGGCUAAUGACACCUGAGGAGUACUGGGGGAAGGAUUCUCAGUCUUACGUAGACCGCAGGAUGUACAAAUAUGCCUCUCUGGAUUACCUGAAACAGAUUCGUCGGGAGGAUAAAUUGGAUGAAGCUGCGGAACGGGAGAAAUGCAUUGAGCUUUUGAAGGGCAUGCUCAAAAUAGAUGAGGCUGAGAGGAUUACCCCCAGUGAAGUCCUCACCCAUCCCUUCAUUGCACAGGGCUGCAACAACUCUUGCAAUGAAGCUCCAGAGGCAGCAGCUGCUCAACCCAGCCAGACCCAGACCCAGACCCAGACCGAGUCCGAAGUGCCAACAGAGAGGACCACAGCAGAUGAGAGCAAUGAAGCUCCAGAGGCAGCAGCUGCUCAACCCAGCCAGACCCAGACCCAGACCCAGACCGAGUCCGAAGUGCCAACAGAGAGGACCACAGCAGAUGAGAGCACACGUGGAGCCCUCAGUUUAACUUCCACGCAGCGGCCGUUGAGUCAGGAGAGCGCAAUCAGUGAGGUGCUAUCUUCAGCCAGUGAGCACCCUGUUUGCGUCCCUCCUGCCCCAUCUCUGAUGGAUGAAGCCACUAGCAUCCACCCAGACCACCACAGUCGCUCUCCAAAAAUUUCACGGACGGUUGUCAUUAUGGUUCGUCCCGCCACAGCCGAGAACACCGUGACACUGGAGAGUGAGGAGAGUGACACCAGUUCGCAGUCUUGGAUGUCAGAGUCUUCACUGGAAGUCAGUGACAGUGACAGUGAGAUGUCUUGGACAUCUGAGGACUCCACCUCAUCUGAUGACUCCGGGACCACAGAGGAGGAAGACAAAAAGAUGAAGAAGAAGAAGAAGAAGAACUGCUUCCGGCGCUUCUUCUCCUGGAUGAAGAAAAACUUUUGCUGCUGCUGCACCGGUGUCCAAGAAGAUGAUUAAGGUAAGAAGGGAGGAUCUGUGAAGGUUUUUAUAGCAUGAUUUUCUAUAAAAACCUUCACAUAUCUUCAAGGUAAGUUGGACACUCUAAAUUGUACAGGAAGUAUUCAGUGAAGAAAAUACUGACAUGUAAUUUUACAAAUGUGUCUCGUGGCUUUUAUGGUGGCUUUCAUCAUCUUCCAGAUUUGGUCCAGGGGGCAGACACCCUCUCUACGUUUAAGAGUAGGCAUAAAACUUUCCUUUUUGACAAA